UCUUCUGUUACGAAGCCAUUCUCCACGCUAAACUGCCUCAUUUUUUUACAGAGUGGCGUGUGUGUGUUUUCAUUCAGAAUGGUGUGGGACGUCUCUUCGUUUUUGAUUCGGUUUUUCUUCUUGACGGCUGCUGCACAUGGUCGGAUUUUGGGAGUAUAAAAGGCGGCGCGGAUUUGGAGUAUGCAACACAACCCAGCGAGGCGUCCACACAGACCCACAGUUCAUACUUCAGCCAAUAGCUAGCGCUUCAGGAUCGCAAGGAUUAGCAAAAUGUACAAGUCGGUGGUGUUCUUCGCUCUGCUCGCCGUGGUUGCUGCCCGUCCGGGCUACCUGGGUCUGGACCCCUGGAGCUAUGCCGCUCCUGCGAUCCACUAUGAGCCGGCCCUGGCCAAGGUGGGUGCCAUUGUGAAGACCAUUCCCAGUGCCGUGUCCCACCAGAGCAUCAGCCAGGUGCACAGCUCGGCCCACAUCAUCCAGCCGAUUUUGGCUCCGGUCCUGAAGAGCUACGCUGCCCCCAUCAUCAAGACCUAUGCGGCUCCGGCUCUGCACACGACACUUCUGUCGCCCUCGUGGGCCGGCCACGGCUGGGCCCCAUCCUGGUAAAGUGAUCCCGUCGACAUCCUGGACGGCAGUGCGUGGGCUAGCAACUACUACCCAGAUCCAAUGCAAAUUUUCCCUCUCUUUCCUGCAGUCUUAUUUUUCUUUCUUUCAUGUUUCGACUGAUGUAAAUAAAUCCAUGUUUCAUG